CCCGAAAUCACACAACCACCAGGCUCCGGUAACGCAGUCACAGACACACCCACAUGUGAUCAUCCUCAGCCCGACAUCACACAACACACAGUCACAAACGACACAGUCACAGACACACCCACAUGUGAUCAUCCUCAGCCCGACAUCACAGACAGCCCCACAUGUGACACCGUCAAGCACACCACCACAUGUGCACACCUUACGCCCGCAAUUACACACCCACCAUGCUCAUGUGCCCUAGUCACAGACACACCCACAUGUGACACCGUCACGCACAUAUCCACAUGUGAGGAUCCUAAGCCCGAAAUCACACAACCACCAGGCUCCGGUGACGCAGUCACAGACACACCCACAUGUGACACCGUCACGCACCUACCAAGCUGCCAUGAUCCUCAGCCCCACAUCACAGACAUACCCACACGUGACGCAGUCAGGGACAGACGCUCAUGUGACGCAGUCACAGACACACCCACAUGUGCUGAUCCUAAGCCCGAAAUCACACAACCACCAGGCUCCGGUGACGCAGUCACGGACAUACCCACACGUGACACCGUCACGCACCUACCAAGCUGCCAUGAUCCUAAGCCCGAAAUCACAGACAUAACCACAUCCCACACUACCACGUGGCUGCGUUGGAUUGACCGCAACAAGCACCUAUUGCAGGCGUGCACGACGCAGCCGUGGUUUCUGCAAUUAAAAGCGGAUUGGAAACAAUACCUGCGUGAGCACAUGGUGGCAGACGCUGCAUCCGGUGAGCACAGGACAGCCGCAACCAUGGAAAGGAAGAAAUUGGACCUGUGGAAAGAAUGGGUCGCACAGCAACAUCGGCAAAUGCGUAUGUAUGGUGAGGCGCAGUGGUUUCAACAUUUGUUGAAUACUGUACAGCAGGAGACAGUAUCGCAAACACGCGAAAUACCUGGAGUUGAAACACACGUAGAAGUGGAAAAAGUACUGGGCACAGAAGAUAUACUGAGAGUGCGAGAUGUACCACGGACGCAACUGCAUCCGCAACCUUACAUGAAAACAGUGUUAACCGCUAAAACAUGGAUACUGAUCCUGGCAUUAGUCAUAGAACAGUGCGAGCUGGAACGCAGUUUGCAGGAGAAGGAGUUAUAUUUGGAUGAACUAUUGGACAAGCUCUGCAAUUAG